CGGGUAGAAAAUCAAAACCAUGCCCAUACCCAUUCGGGUUUCGGGUAUCCACGGUUAUCCAUGGAUAUUAAUUUCUCUUCAUAACUCCAACCAAUAUGUUAACAUUCACACGUAUUCUUAUAUUAAGUAAGAGAAAAAGUACGACAAGAAUUCACUAGACUGAAGAAAAUUAACUAAAACAACACAAUUUCAUGAAAAUGUUAUAUUUAUAUGCUAAAUAUAAAAUAUGUUAGAGAAAAAUAAUGAUUAUUUCUAGACAAAAUACAUAUGCAUGUGUAUAAUCGGGCGGGUUCGGGUCGGAUAGUGAGAAAUCCAUGCCCACCCAUUACCCGCAAUAUUCGGGUUCGGGUUUUACCCGUACCCACUAAAUGUCCUUCGGGUUCGGGUUUUACCCUACCCGACUAGGCCGGAUUCGGGCGGAUAUCCACGGUUACGGAUAUUUUUGCCAUCCCUGGUUCCCCCAAUCUCUCAUUCCAACCAGACUCAAGGUUGCUCUCAAAAUCUGAAAUCGCCCUAAAACACAAAAAAUCCCUGACCCUUCGUUACCGCCAUCGCCACCUCAACCACCGUCGGCUUCGCUCUCCAAGGUCGGUCGGAGAAGUUUUGAUUGUGUUGCGCGCCAUCAUCAUGUCGAAUUUUGGAGGGCUGGAGAACACUGCUAAUCCAGAGUGGGACGGGAGGACAAGGGAGGAAGAAAUCGCUUGGAGGAAGGAGAUGCUGGCAAAGGGAGAUUUAGCUUGGUUAAAAGAGAUGCUGGCUAAAUUGGUCAAGUGGCAGGCGCAAGAGAAGAAAGAGCUGGAAGAGGCACCCCUAGGAUUAUGGGAUCCCAGAGAUGAUCUUGAGCAUAAUUAAGAAGAUAAACUAUAAUCUAAUGAACAAGAUAUGAUCAUAAACAGAGUAGAUAGAUACACA